GCGGCUCCGGGCGGAGACAAUCGCGCUGAGCGGCCGCCGCAGCCAGAGCGGGAGCCCGAGCCGCGCAGAGCUGGGGCUGAGCGGGGCCGGCCGAGCGGGGCCGGGCGGGAGCCAUGGGCCGCUAGGGCCGGGCCGAGCCCCGCGAUGCCGCCGCCGAGUGGCCCCAGCGUCCUCACGCGGCUCCUACCGCUGCUGGGGCUGCUGCUCGGCGGCGCCUCCCGCGCUCCCGGCAAGUCCCCGCCGGAGCCCCCCAGCCCGCAGGAGGUCCUGAUCAAGGUCCAGGUGUAUGUGAGCGGGGAGCUGGCGCCUUUGGCCCAGGCCUCAGUGGAUGUGUUUGGGAAUCGUAUGCUGCUGGCUGCUGGCACCACGGACUCGGAGGGCGUGGCCACACUGCCCCUCAGUUACCGCUUGGGCACCUGGGUGCUGGUCACUGCUGCCCGCCCUGGCUUCCUCACCAACUCCGUGCCCUGGCGCGUUGACAAGCUGCCCUUGUAUGCGUCCGUCAGCCUCUACCUGCUCCCCGAGCGGCCGGCCACCCUCAUCCUCUAUGAGGACCUGGUGCACAUCCUCUUGGGUUCUCCUGGUGCCCGCUCCCAGCCCUGGGUGCAGUUCCAACGGCAGGCUGCCCGCCUGCCUGUCAGCUCCACCUACAGCCAGCUCUGGGCCUCGCUCACACCUGCCAGCACCCAGCAGGAAAUGCGGGCCUUCCCUGCCUUCCUGGGCACCGAGGCCUCCAGCUCAGGCAAUGGCUCCUGGCUGGAGCUGAUGCCCCUGGCUGCCGUGAGCGUGCACCUGCUGACAGGCAAUGGAACAGAAGUACCACUCUCGGGCCCCAUUCACCUGUCUCUGCCUGUGCCCUCGGAGCCUCGUGCCCUGGCUGUGGGCACCAGCAUUCCAGCCUGGAGGUUUGACCCCAAGAGUGGGCUGUGGGUACGCAACGGCACCGGUGUGAUCCGGAAGGAAGGCCGGCAGCUCUACUGGACAUUUGUCUCCCCCCAGCUGGGGUACUGGGCGGCUGCCAUGGCCUCCCCCACGACUGGGCUGGUCACCAUCACAACAGGCAUCCAGGACAUCGGCACCUACCAUACCAUCUUCCUGCUCACCAUCCUGGCAGCCCUGGCACUGCUGGUGCUCAUUCUGCUGUGUCUGCUCAUCUACUAUUGCCGGAGGCGCUGCCUGAAGCCCAGGCAACAGCACCGCAAGCUGCAGCUCUCCGGGCCCUCCGAGGGCAACAAACGAGACCAGGCCACCUCGAUGUCCCAGCUCCAUCUCAUCUGUGGGGGGCCGCUGGAGCCCACCCCGUCGGGGGACCCCGAGGCGCCUCCUCCCGGCCCCCUCCACUCCGCCUUCUCCAGCUCCCGCGACUUGGCCGCCUCCCGGGAUGACUUCUUCCGCGCCAAGCCGCGCUCCGUCUGCCGCCCGGCCGCCGAGCCUGCAGGUGCCCGCGGGGGCGAGGGCGCCGGGCAGAAGGGCGCCCGCUCCGUCGAGGGUCCGGGCGGGCUGGAGCCAGGCCUGGAGGAGUACCGGCGGGGGCCCUCCCGGGCCACGGCCUUCCUGCCGGAGCCGCCCUCGCCGCCGCCGCCCUUCGAGCACUACCUGGGCCACAAGGGGGCGGCCGAGAGCAAGACCCCCGACUUCCUGCUGUCGCAGUCGGUGGACCAGCUGGCGCGGCCGCCGUCGCUCAGCCAGGCGGGGCAGCUCAUCUUCUGCGGCUCCAUCGACCACCUCAAGGACAGCGUCUACCGCAACGUCAUGCCCACCCUGGUGAUCCCCGCGCACUACGUGCGCCUGGGCGGCGAGGCGGGAGCCGCCGGGGCGGGCGACGAGCCCCUCCCACCCGAGGGCACGGCCCCCGGGCCCGCACGCCCUUUCCCCCAGCCCGACUCCCAGCGCCCGCUGAUGCCCGGUCACUCGGGCGCGGGCGGCGAGGGCGGCGGCGGCGGCGGCGGCGAGGGCUGGGGCGGCGGGCGCUCGGCGCCGGUCAGCGGCUCGGUCACCAUCCCCGUGCUGUUCAACGAGUCCACCAUGGCGCAGCUCAACGGGGAGCUGCAGGCGCUGACCGAGAAGAAGCUGCUCGAACUGGGCGUGAAGCCGCACCCGCGCGCCUGGUUCGUGUCCCUGGACGGGCGCUCCAACUCGCAGGUGCGUCACUCCUACAUCGACCUGCAGGCGGGCGGCGGCCGGAGCACCGACGCCAGCCUGGACUCGGGCGUCGACGUGCACGAGGCGCGGCCCGCGCGCCGGCGGCCCCUGCGCGAGGAGCGGGAGCGGGAGCGGGAGCGCGCCCCGCCCGCCGCCCCGCCGCCGCCGCCGCCGCCCGCGCCCCCGCGCCUGGCGCUCAGCGAGGACACGGAGCCCAGCAGCAGCGAGAGCCGCACGGGCCUCUGCUCUCCCGAGGACAACUCGCUGACGCCGCUGCUGGACGAGGUGGCGGCGCCCGAGGGCCGAGCGGCCACGGUGCCCCGGGGUCGCGGCCGCAGCCGCGGGGACAGUUCCCGCAGCAGCGCCAGCGAGCUCCGGCGCGACUCGCUCACCAGCCCGGAGGACGAGCUGGGGGCGGAGGCGGGCGACGACGCGGGCGACAAGAAGAGCCCUUGGCAGCGGCGGGAGGAGCGGCCGCUGAUGGUGUUCAACGUCAAAUAGCGCCUCCUCCGGACCCGGCACCGCCUGCGGGUCUGGCUCCGCCCCGCCCGCCCGGGCCUGUCCCCGGGGUGGGCACCCCAAGGGAGUUGCGGGGGCACUCGCUUUGAAAGGUGCCCAGAGGCCUGCAGAGCUGUUCAGUGGUAUGUGCUGGGUAAUGGCUUGGGAGGGACCCCAUGGCUGCCUCCAAGAAGGCGGUGGGAGGGGUCCAGACCCCCCCAUUGGGAGGUGCUGGGGAGGCGGGCGGGGUGGGGGGCAAGCAGUGCCUGUAUAAACGGUGUACAUAGAAAGUUCUAUUGUGAGAAAGCAGGAGGGGCAGCCAGGCCUUAGCUGCUAGUAUGAGGGCUGGGAAGGGAGGGGGAGUUCUCUGUGGACCCCUGGGAAGGGAGGGGUGCUGCUUGCUGACUAGCCCACCUCUGGGCUACCAAGUCACGGGGCUAGUGGCUGGGGGGCUCUGGGCAACGGGAUAAUGUGAUAGGACCGCUGUGGGCAGCAGCAAAUAUAAAACUGGUGAGAUGAACUCGGUGUGUGUCUGUG